AUGCAGGUUAUUGGUCUCACUGUGAUCAGUUUGGCCAAAGGCGCUAUUGGCCCGGAUGUCUUUCACAAUUUCAAUGCUCUGUUACAAAUUUUGCGCGCUAGCAUUGACAAAACCUCGCAAGAAGAUGAAACUAUGGUAGAUGGUCGCUCACAAACUAGUUCGGAGGAACGCCAAUUCCAAGAGGCAAUCAUAAACACGAUUGCCGAGUUCGCGAAAAAUCUACCGGAUACACAGAAGAUAGAAAUACUCAAGUUCAUCCUCAACUUUGAACCAAUGGCAAAAUAUCAUCCGGAAAACGGCAUUCGACCGCGACCAUUAAUCAUGGUUCUGUUGCAAACAAUGCUCACUGUUGCCACACAAUAUCGAACCGUAGCUAUAUCGAACGCAUUGAAUUCCGAUUUUCUCAACCUUCUGCUGCGUGGUGUUGCCAUCGAUCGAGAUCCGGCUAUCCGGAUAAUUGUACAGAAAAUUUUGCAUACCCUGCUCGACCGACACGGGAACACAGACCGUUUGCUCAAUGUGCAAGUAUACAACGACCAACCUUUGGAAUCCUACUUCGUAUGGGAAGAACCAUCCAGACAGGAUAUUCUUUUCAUGAAAAAGACUGGAGUACUUCUCACAGAAAACAUCUACCACCAAUUAUUGGAUCCCACCAACAAAGUUGAUUGUUUGGAACAUUUGUUCUGCACUGUCGGGCUCGUGGCACUGGAGCUUGGUGCGGAUCAGGUGAUCGCAGAACUGUUUCGACUGAUUUUGGCUGUACAGAAAAAGAUCGUCGACGAACCGCCCACGCUACCAAUUCCGCAUCGUUGUGCUCUGCACGCACUGUUGGCCGGUGCCAUGUCUUUAAUUGUCCAAUUGGCCAGUCUCUCGGAUCUGUGCGCUCAUGUGAAUGAGGUAUGUGCACUAGUCACAACCGGAUGA